UGCUAAACGUUAUUUUGGCGAAAUGGAGGAAUUACAAAGAUAUAUAAUUAUCAAGUGUAGCAUUUUGAAUAUUUAAAGCAAAAUACAGUCUAUCUCCUAGAAACAAAUAUGAUACAACAGUACAACAAAAAUGUUCAAAUAUCACAAACUCUCUAUAAACCUUUUGUUGUUCUUCACUUUCUUCUCUUGUUUGGUCAAAUCCCAUAACUUCAUCUACUAUGGAUGCUCUCAAGAAAAAUUCCAAGCUAACACCCCUUAUGAAACCAACCUCAACUCUCUACUACCCUUAUUUGUUUCUUCCUCGUCCGAAUCCUUAUACAAUAGUUUCGCCAUUGGAAACAACACCUCUUCAUCAGAAACCGUUGUAUAUGGAUUGUACCAAUGUCGAGGUGAUUUAAGGACACAAGAAUGCACAAAAUGUGUAGCAAGUAUAGUUUCUCAAGUAGACUUGGUUUGUCCUUACUCAUAUAGUGUUAGUAUGCAAUUAGAUGAGUGUUUAGUGAGGUUUGAGAAUUUUGAUUUUUUGGGUAAGUUGGAUACUAACUUAAGGUUUCAUAAGUGUAGCCAAAGUGUUACUCAUGAUGCGCAAUCUCUUAAACGCCGAGAUGAUGUAUUAGUUGAGUUGGGUGAAAUUGAUCAAGGGUUUAGGAUUAGUAGCUCGGGAUUGGUUCAAGGCUUUUCGCAAUGUUUAGGGGAUUUGAAUAAAAAUGAUUGUAGUUCUUGUCUCGGAGAGGCUGGCUCAAAGCUAAAAAACAUGUGUGGAUCAUCGAAGGCUGGGGACAUUUUCUUGGCGCAAUGUUAUAUGCGAUAUUGGGCUUCUGGUUACUAUGAUUCUCAUUCGAGAUCAUCUGGAGAUGACAAUGUGGGAAGAACAAUAGCCAUAAUUGUUGGCGUCGUGGGAGGCCUUGCUGCUUUUAUCGUUUUUCUUUCUUUUUGCCGAAGAUCAUGAGGUUAAUAAAGAAAUCAUGGACAUGUGGUGGCUUCUUGAAAGAGGUUGAAUGAAUGAAAAUCUAAUUGGGUCAUGACUUUUAUUGUCAAACUUGCAAAUUCUAAUGAAUUGAAGUUUAUUUCAUAAUCAAGAUCUAGUUCAUAAUAAUACUGUAACAAUUUACUA